AUGGUGUAUCAUAAUCUCAAAGCUUUGAUUAAGGGCAUCCGGGCUUGUAAGACUGUUGCAGAUGAGCGGGCCCUCAUCAAGCAAGAGUCUGCAGCGAUCCGUGCAUCUUUCAGGGAAGAAGACUCAUACGCAAGGCACAACAAUGUCGCGAAGCUUCUCUACAUACAUAUGCUGGGUUCCGAAGCCCACUUCGGUCAGAUGGAGUGUCUCAAGCUCGUAGCAAGCCCUCGCUUUGGUGACAAGCGGUUAGGCUACCUUGGAAUUAUGCUCCUUCUAGACGAAAGUCAGGAAGUCCUCACUUUGGUGACAAAUUCCUUGAAGAAUGACAUGAACCAUUCCAACAUGUAUGCUGUUGGCCUUGCAUUAUGCACCUUCGCAGACAUCGCUUCUGAGGAGAUGUCGCGAGAUUUGGCGAACGAAAUAGAGAAGUUGCUCGGUUCCAGCAACACUUAUAUCAGAAAGAAGGCUUCCCUCUGUGCCCUAAGAGUGGUUCGCAAAGUACCAGACCUCUCCGAUCACUUCGUCUCAAAAGCCAAGAACCUGCUUGCUGACCGUAAUCACGGUGUCUUGCUGACCGCUAUCACCCUUGUCACCGAGAUAUGCCAACUCGAUGCGGCGUGCCUGGACGAGUUCCGUAAUGCUGUGCCUUUACUCGUGCGGCAUCUCAAGUCCUUGGUAACUACUGGCUACAGCCCAGAACACGAUGUUUUGGGCAUCACGGAUCCAUUCCUCCAAGUCAAAAUUCUGCGCUUGCUUCGUCUUCUUGGCAGGGGAGACGAGAAAGCGAGUGAAACCAUGAACGACAUCCUUGCUCAGGUUGCUACUAACACCGAUUCAACGAAGAACGUCGGCAAUUCAAUUCUAUACGAAACGGUGAUGACUGUUUUAGAAAUAGAAGCAGACAGUGGGCUCCGAGUUAUGGCAAUCAAUAUUCUGGGUAAAUUCCUCAGCAACCGCGACAACAAUAUUCGCUACGUUGCACUGAACACACUCAAUAAGGUGGUUGGCAUCGACACCAAUGCUGUACAGCGUCAUCGCAACAUCAUUCUCGAUUGUCUGCGUGACGGUGACAUAUCCAUCCGUCGCCGUGCGCUUGAACUGUCCUAUGCCCUGAUCAACGAAGGGAAUGUACGCGUCCUCAUCCGAGAGCUGCUUGCUUUCCUCGAGGUUGCGGACGAUGAAUUUAAACUAGGCAUGACGACUCAAAUUUGUCUAGCGGCUGAGCGAUUCGCGCCGAACAGACGAUGGCAUAUCGACACCGUACUUCGUGUUCUGAAGCUGGCUGGCAACUUCGUGAGAGAAGAAAUACUAUCGGCGUUCAUCCGGCUUGUUGCAUACACACCAGAACUUCAAGCUUACACCGCGUCAAAGUUGUACACUUCCCUCCGAGCUGACAUCUCGCAGGAGUCAUUGACUCUGGCUGCGACAUGGGUGCUUGGAGAGUAUAGCGAGAUAGUUCUGGAAGGCGGUCUGGUGGAUGAGGAUCAGCCAAAGCCGAUCACAGACGUGCAAGUCGUUGACCUCCUUCUCUCUAUCCUCGAUUCUCCCUACGCCAAUUACCUCACCCGCCAAUUUGUUUUGACAGCCAUCACCAAGAUCUCCUCUCGACCGACAACUUCGCCUGCCCAGCAAGAGCGGAUAGAGACCAUUCUGCUUUCGUACACGACCAGUCCGGAGUUGGAGAUACAGCAGCGCGCUGUCGAGUUUGCAAGCUUGUAUCACCUUGACGUUCGCUCUGGUGUUUUGGAACGAAUGCCUGCUCCAGAGCUGAAAGCUACCGUCAUGGGCGUCGUGAGCGAGAAUAAGCCAGUAGGCUCUGUUCAGCCAAGCAAGGAUGGUGAUUUGUUGGGCGAUGAGGUUCCUGCUACCACGUCGAGCGUCAACGGCAACGGUCAAGCUGCGGUGCCACAGAAUAAUGAAGAUCUCCUCAAAGAGAUUUUCGGCAGCUCUGCUCCUGCUGCACCAGCCCCAGGAGCACCUGCACAAACGCAGAAGAGCACCGUUCAAGAUAUACUUGGUCUCUUCGACUCUACACCCAGUCCAGCAGCACAGCCAGCACAAACAGAACAGCAAUCAUUAUUCGCCUCUUCCACUCCCGUCCAGCCCGCCCCCUCUACGUUCUCACUUCCCCAGGCACAAUCAUCGGUUCCCCAGGCGCCUGCACAAUCACGGUUGACAGCGUAUCCAGCAUACGACAAAAACGAGUUGAAGAUCAUACUGAUACCGCAAACGUCAGCUGCGCGACCAGGUGUGGUGAACAUUCUUGCGAGAUUCCAAGUUUCAGGCAGCAGCCCAGCGACGGGUUUGAACUUCCAGGCUGCCGUACCAAAGUCCCAACAGCUACAAAUGUUACCAAUGUCAAAUCCUGACGUGCAACCUGGAACCGUAGAAACGCAGCAAAUGCGCGUUGUGGCGCCUGUUGGUGCUAAUGUGAGGCUACGACUGCGGAUAUCGUACUCGCUGGCGGGGCGCAGUAUUCAGGACCAGGUGGAUUUUGCUGGAUUUCCGCCUGGCUUGACGAGCGGUGCAACUUCAUGA